AUGGUAAAAGACACGAAAUAUUACGAUAUUCUUGGUGUUCAACCCAGUGCCAGUGUUGAUGAAAUUAAAAAAGCAUAUCGUAAGUUAGCUUUGAAACUACAUCCAGAUAAGAAUCCUGAUAACGAUCCGGAACAAUUUAAACAGUUAUCACAAGCCUAUGAAGUUUUAUCUGAUGAAAAGAAGCGUUCGUUAUAUGAUCAAGUUGGUGAACAAGGUAUGAAAGAAGGUGGAGGUAGUGGUGGAUUUCAUGGUUCGGAUCCAUUUGAUAUUUUCAACAUGUUCUUUGGCGGUGGUGGUGGUGGUGCAAGUCCAUUUGGCUCACGACAAGAACAUCGAGGCAAAAAUCUUGUUCAUCAAUUGGCGGUUUCAUUAGAAGAACUCUACAAUGGUGCUGUGAGAAAGUUAGCAUUACAAAAGAAUGUUGUUUGUGAUAAGUGUGAAGGCCGUGGAGGAAAGAAAGGUGCUGUUUCGAAAUGUACAACUUGUAAUGGAAGUGGUUUCGUUGUGCGCAUUAAUCAAAUUGCACCGGGCAUGAUUCAACAAAUUCGUUCACAUUGUUCCGAUUGUGACGGACAGGGCGAGAAAAUCAAUGCUAAAGAUAAAUGUAAAACGUGCGACGGAAAGAAGAUUGUCCGCGAAAGAAAGAUUAUCGAAGUACAUAUCGAUAAAGGUAUGGAAGAUGGAAAAAAGAUUACAUUUAGUGGUGAAGGCGAUCAAGAACCUGGCCUUCAGCCAGGUGAUAUCGUAGUUGUUUUGGACGAAAAAGAACAUGCAACAUUUAAACGAGAUAAAACCGAUUUACACAUAAAAAUGCCUAUAACUUUGACCGAAGCAUUAUGCGGCUUUCACAAGGUGAUCAAAACGCUCGAUAAUCGACAAUUAGUCGUUAGUACACUACCAGGUGAAGUAAUUAAACCUGGAGAUAUCAAAUGCAUUUUAAAUGAAGGCAUGCCUGUCUAUCGAAAUCCUAUGGAGAAAGGCCGUCUCGUUCUCCAUUUUGACGUGAAAUUUCCGGACAAGAAUGAACUUCGUCCGGAGAAUUUGGCUAAACUAGAAAAUGUUUUACCAUCGCGUACACCAGUUCAAAUUCCAGCGAAUGCGGAAGAAUGCGUUCUCACGGAAUUUGAUCCACGUCAAUCGCAACGUUCACAUAGACAAGAAAUGUAUGACGAUGAUGACCCACAUGGUCACGGUGGACCAACACAAGUCAACUGUGCUACACAUUAA